GCUGAAGCAGCCUAGUGACCAAGAACUUGGACCAGGACGCAGCUGACAUCGCUGCCCAGAUGGCCUCCAAGCUGACCCCACUGACCCUCCUCCUGCUGCUGCUAGCUGGGGAUAGAGCCUUCUCAGAUUCUGAAGUGACCAGCCACAGCUCCCAGGAUCCACUAGUAGUUCAAGAGGGAAGCAGAGACAGCGUCCCUGAAAGAGAUGGCUCCUGGAGUCCCACUGAGCACACAGGACAGUCUUCUACCUGGCCAACAACCAGUGGAUCCACCAAAAUAUCAAAUGACACCAUGGAUCAAGUAGCCAACGAGUCCUUCAUCCAGCAUGUCCAACCAGCUGCUCAGCUACCUGAGGAUUCUCCCAGCCAGCCCCUUCUGAAUUCUUCCAGCCAGUCUCCCAUGAAUUCUUCCAGCCCACCCUCCACAGCCUCAGCCCCUCCCACCCAGGCUCCUACUGAACCCCUCUGCCCAGAGCCACUUGCUUGGUGCUCUGAUUCAGACAGAGACUCCUCAGAGGCUACAUUGUCGGAGGCUUUGACAGAUUUCUCUGUGAAACUCUACCACGCCUUCUCGGCUACGAAGAAGGCUGAGACCAACAUGGCCUUUUCCCCAUUCAGCAUUGCUAGCCUCCUCACGCAGGUCCUUCUUGGGGCUGGAGACAGCACCAAGAGCAACUUGGAGGACAUCCUUUCCUACCCCAAGGAUUUCGCCUGUGUCCACCAGGCACUAAAGGCUUUUUCAUCCAAAGGUGUCACUUCUGUGUCUCAGAUUUUCCACAGCCCAGAUCUAGCCAUACGGGACACCUAUGUGAACGCCUCUCUGAGCCUGUAUGGAAGCAGCCCCAGAGUCCUGGGUCCAGACAGUGAUGCUAACUUAAAGCUCAUCAACACCUGGGUGGCGGAGAACACCAACCACAAGAUCAACGAGCUGCUGGACAGCCUGCCCUCUGACACCCGCCUCGUCCUUCUCAAUGCCGUCUACUUGAGUGCCAAGUGGAAGAAAACCUUUGAGCAGAAGAAGAUGAUGGCGUCUUUCCUCUACAAGAACUCUAUGAUUAAAGUGCCCAUGUUGAGUAGCAAAAAGUACCCUCUGGCCCUUUUCAAUGACCAGACUUUGAAGGCCAAGGUGGGACAGCUGCAGCUCUCUCACAACCUGAGCUUUGUGAUCAUGGUACCCCAGAGCCCGACACACCAACUUGAAGCCAUGGAAAAGGCACUCAACCCCACUGUCUUCAAGGCCAUCCUGAAGAAGCUAGAGCUGUCCAAGUUUCAGCCCACUUACGUGAUGAUGCCUCGCAUUAAAGUAAAGAGCAGCCAAGACAUGCUGUCAAUCAUGGAGAAAAUGGAAUUCUUUGACUUCACUUACGAUCUCAACCUGUGUGGGCUGACCGAGGACCCAGAUCUUCAGGUGUCUUCCAUGAAACACGAGACGGUGCUGGAACUGACAGAGACAGGCGUGGAAGCAGCCGCAGCCUCCACCAUCUCCGUGGCCCGAAACUUACUCAUCUUUGAGGUGCAGCAGCCUUUCCUCUUCCUGCUCUGGGACCAGCGACACAAGUUCCCAGUCUUCAUGGGCCGUGUAUAUGACCCCAGGGCCUGAGACAGGCAGGAGUCAGGCUUGAGUAAGCACUGCCACCCAAGCUUUAGCUCAUCCAGUAUUUCCUCGCCAAUGCCUGCCCUAGCCACUUCCAGCCUUAGGAACUGGCAGAAGGAACAGUUUCCACCCACCAACCCCCAUGGUAUUGACAUCCUCUCUAAACCACUGUUUUGCAGCUUUCAUGGUUCAAGCUUAACAGAGUCUACAAAUAAAACUUGCAGACACUU